AUGGCGCAGCUUUCCUGUGAGCGACGUAGUGGGAAUAUCAUCAGAGUCGACGAUCACCUGGAGAUCGAAUUCCACCGGACAUCUAUCGAUCCCGACCGCGACCUGGCCGAUCUGCUUCCUGAAGACGGUAUAUUUCCUCUGCAUUUUCUGCAAAGGGAUAGUAAUGGACAGCAAUUUGAUGAGGCAAAAUGUAGGGGGCUUUAUCUACAUAUGAAGCAGAGUGAAGCCAUGUGGAUCAAGCUUGACGCAGACAGGCUGUACGUGAUCCGUAUCUACAUUGACAACGUGAACGUGGUAACAGGCCAAACCUCGCAAGUACAAGGCCAGCAAGAUUAUUUUAUUGUGCCGGAUCAGGCCUUCGUCAAUGGAUACAAGUCCAACAUCAAUGCGUUCACGAGACAGUUUCGCCGUCCACCGUAUGCACCGAAUUCUACACAGCAAGAUGCUCAGACCGUACGCUUCGAGGUAACCCCAUCCACGAACACUGGAAUACUGACAGGCAUCGGUAUGGGUGUUGAGGGUGAAGUACUUAACCGAACUGUAGUAACGUUACCCGGCAUGACUGUUAAGGAUUACACGAGGAAGUACGAGCUUCAAUUCGAAGAUGGUGUUGAUGUCUCGGCUAGACUUACCAGUAAAGGGGAACAGGUUGACGGUAUUAGGAGCGACCAUGUGGUGUAA